CGUAAGGCUGGUCACUCGACUACUUGACGCGCGAGGCCACCAGGUACAUUUCACACAUACACAACACGCAAGCCAGUGCAAAGUCAUGGAGGUGAACGGCACAGCAAACAUCUUGAGCUCGGCCUACCUGGCGGCAGAGUAUGUGGACGCAUUCUUGCCCAGGAACCCCUUGCAGUCCCCGUUCAAGCACGCGUGGGACUACAUGAUGGACAACUACACAAAGUUCCAGAUUGCCACCUGGGGCUCGCUCAUCGUGCAUGAGUUCAUCUACUUCCUCUUUUGCCUCCCUGGCUUCAUCUUCCAGUUCCUGCCCUUCAUGCAGAAGUACAAGAUCCAACCGGACAAGCCGGAGACAUGGGAUAAGCAGUGGCGGUGCUUCAAGAUGUUGCUGUUCAACCACUUCUUCAUCCAGCUGCCACUCAUCUGCGGCACGUAUUAUUUCACCGAGUUCUUCAACAUCCCUUACGACUGGGACUCCAUGCCGCGAUGGCCAUACGUCAUGGCUCAGUGCUUCGGCUGCGCUGUAGUGGAGGACGCAUGGCACUACUUCCUCCAUCGACUUCUCCACCAUCGAAGGAUCUACAAGUACAUCCACAAAGUCCACCACGAGUUCACUUCGCCGUUUGGCAUGCAGGCCGAGUACGCCCACCCCGCCGAAACCAUCAUCUUGGGGGCGGGCUUCUUCAUUGGCAUCAUGAUCUUCUGCAACCACGUCUUCUUCCUAUGGGCCUGGGUGGCCGUGCGCCUGCUGGAGACCAUCGACGUGCACAGCGGGUACGACAUUCCCAUCAAUCCUCUGCACCUGGUACCGUUCUACGCCGGCGCCCGCUUCCACGACUUCCACCACAUGAACUUUGUGGGCAACUACGCCUCCACCUUCACUUGGUGGGACAAGCUGUUCAACACUGACAAUCAAUACAACAAGCACAUGCACAAAGACAGAGAGGGCAAGAAGAUGCAGUAAAAACAACACGCUGUCUCAAAUCUGAUCUGGAUUCAAACCGGAAUGUCACGUCAGUGCCUUUUUUUGGCAGUUUUGCGGUCUUCUCUUUGGGCAAAAAUACAACCAUAAACAUUCUCUUUU